UGAUAAUUUGCGUGAAAAUAAAAUCCCCUCUUGUUCAUAGGUACACUCUUUUCUCUCUCCUCUAGACCGCAAAAUUAUUCGUGACUGAUAACUCCAAUUCAAUUACUCAUCAUCAUCUUCUUCUGUAUGUCUCUCAUUCCUCCAUUAUCGGCUUUCCGAAUGCAGAUUCUGGUUCGUAAUUUCAUUUGCUUUUAGUAGUAUAGAUAAUAGUUUGAAAUUGCUAGGAAUAACAUUUAGGAAAUUCAUUCAAUUUGAUUUUGUUGAUGCUUGUUUUUGUCGAUUGAUAAAUAAUAUAUUGGAGUAAUAAAAUAUAGAAAAAUGAUGGGCUUUGAGAAUGACGGAGGAGCUCAUCCAGAUGAUAUGCAAACCCUAAUUCUUGACGAUCCAUUAUUAUCAUCGUCAUGUUCGGGUUCUAAUUAUGAAACUGUAAUUACGCCUUUAUCUGAUUCAAAUAGUAAUCAUCCUUUAUCAUUUCCUUCAAUUGUUGUGGCACCUGCUGAUUCAGAUCCAUUGUUGUCUCCUUUACAAGGAGAAGAUCAUAUUAGCUCAAAAGAUAAUGAUUUUAACUCACAUUUUGAUGAUUCUGAUUACUCUGAUGUGUUUGUUAAUCCAAUUUUGGGAGAGGUUCAUAAUGGUGGGGAAACGAACGGGAUUGGGAGCCCUAAGGUGAGUUUUGAGAGCUUCUCAAGGUCGGAAUUGGGUUCAGAGUAUUUGCAUAUUACUGUUUUGAAUCCUCAGAAGGAGCAUGAGGUGUCAAAUUCGAUUGUUCCUGGAGGGAAUACGUAUGUGACUUAUUUGAUUAGUACAAAGACCAAUAUGCGAGGGUUUGGUGGGUCAGAUUUCAGUGUUAGGAGGAGGUUUAGGGAUGUUGUAACGUUAGCAGAUAGGUUGUCUGAGUCGUAUAGAGGUUUUUUCAUACCACCUAGGCCAGAUAAGAGUGUGGUGGAGAGUCAAGUGAUGCAUAAGCAGGAUUUUGUUGAGCAGAGGAGAUUAGCAUUGGAGAAGUAUCUGAGGAAAUUGGCGGCUCAUCCUGUGAUUAGCACAAGUGAUGAGUUGAGAGUGUUUUUGCAAGUGCCUGGGAAGCUACCUUUGCCUACGAGCAUAGAUGUAGCAUCAAGGAUCCUAGAUGGGGCUGCUAACUUACCUAAGCAAUUAUUUGGGGAUUCAAGGAAUGUUGUGGCCUCACACGAGGCUGUUCAACCUGCUAAAGGUGGAAGGGAUUUGUUGAGGUUGUUUAGAGAGCUGAAGCAGUCUGUUACAAGUGAUUGGGGAAAUUCUAAGCCGGCAGUUGUUGAGGAAGACAAAGAAUUCUUGGAGAAGAAGGACAAUCUUUUCGAUUUCGAGCAUCGUCUUACGGAUGUGUCUAAACAGGCUGAAUCACUUGUCAAAGCUCAGCAAGAUAUAGGAGAUACAAUGGGAGAGUUGGGGCUCUCAUUUAUCAAAUUGACAAAAUUUGAAAAUGAGACAGCAACUUACGACACUCAAAAAACACGUGCUUCUGAAAUUAAAAACGUAGCAACAGCUUGUGUUAGAGGCAGCAGAAUAUAUAGGGAGUUGAAUGCCAAAACAGUGAAAAACCUGGAUACCCUUCACGAAUAUCUUGGGGUUAUGUUAGCGGCUCACAAUGCAUAUUCAGAUCGUGCAAAUGCUUUGUUGACAGUUCAGACACUUCUGUCAGAGGUAUCCUCUUUGCAAUCUAGGGCUGAAAAGCUAGAAAGUGCAUCUUCUAGAGUCUUUGGUGGUGAUAAGGCCAGAAAUUACAAGCUGGAAGAGUUGAAAGAAACCUUGAAAAUUACUGAAGACUCGAAAAACUGCGCAGUCCGAGAGUAUGAGCAAAUCAAGGAAAAUAAUAGGAUUGAACUUGAGAAAUUGGAAAGAGAAAAACGUUCUGAUUUUCUGAAAAUGCUGAAGGGGUUUGUAAAUGAUCAGGUAAACUGUGCUGAAAAAAUGGCUAAUUUAUGGUCAAAGGUUACAGAAGAUACUAGAGGAUAUAUGAAAGAAAGUUCCAGAGUGUAGUACAUAACUGUAAACUGAAAAGAGUAGAUUGUUCUUGUGUCUUUCACAAAUUUUCCACACUGUUAGAUUAAUCGAAGACAAGGCAACUGCAGUCUGCAUACUACCGAGAGAAUCAGAAUCGAAAGUGCUAUAUAACUUCCAGGUAGUUUUUUGAUGUGUUUUAUCUGUAUUUUGAUCUUGUACAUCAUGUAAUGUACUUCCACGAUUACAUGUGAACAUUUGAAAUUCUAAUAAGAAGUAAAAGGGAAUGCCAGGUUAUGUAAUAACCUUUUUAUUCGGUUCAUUCUAUGACAUUUUUAUUCUCGAUGGUGCGAAAUGAAGUAUAUCAACUGUAUUUUAGUGGC